GCUGCGCCGGGAAGCACUGGCCGGCCGUCAGCUCCCGGGGCGGCUUCUCCAGGCGCUCGCAGGCAUGCAGCCCGGGAGCAGGCGGCGCGCCCCGGGCGGCUCCUGAGCCGGCGGGGGCAGCGAGGACCAGCGCCAGCCGAGCCCGUCCCACCUCGCCCAGCGCCCCACGAGCUACUGCCCGGCACCCGGUCUUCGCGCGCAGCCCCGCCAGCGUCACCCCCCCGCGGGCUGCAGAGGCUCAUGCAGCCGCCAAGGGAGAGGCUAGUGGUAACAGGCCGAGCUGGAUGGAUGGGUAUGGGGAGAGGGGCAGGACGCUCAGCCCUGGGAUUCUGGCCGACCCUCGCCUUCCUUCUCUGCAGCUUCCCGGCAGCCGUCUUCCCCUGCAAGAUCCUCAAGUGCAACUCUGAGUUCUGGAGUGCCACAUCAGGCAGCCACGCCCCUGCCGCUGACGACGUGCCGGAGUUCUGCGCUGCCUUGCGCACCUACGCCCUGUGCACACGGCGGACAGCCCGCACCUGCCGGGGCGACCUGGCUUACCACUCGGCUGUCCAUGGCAUAGAGGACCUCAUGAGCCAGCACAACUGCUCCAAGGAUGGCCCCACCUCGCAGCCUCGCCUGCGCACGCUCCCUCCGGCCGGGGAUAGCCAGGAGCGCUCGGACAGCCCCGAGAUCUGCCACUACGAGAAGAGCUUCCACAAGCACACGGCUGCCCCCAACUACACACACUGCGGCCUCUUUGGGGACCCGCACCUCAGGACUUUCACAGAUCGCUUCCAGACCUGCAAGGUGCAGGGUGCCUGGCCCCUCAUCGACAACAAUUACCUAAACGUGCAAGUCACCAAUACACCUGUGCUGCCCGGUUCUGCCGCCACUGCCACCAGCAAGCUCACCAUCAUCUUUAAGAACUUCCAGGAGUGUGUGGACCAGAAAGUAUACCAAGCUGAGAUGGAUGAACUCCCAGCUGCAUUUGCUGAUGGCUCUAAGAAUGGUGGAGAUAAACAUGGGGCCAACAGCCUGAAGAUCACAGAGAAGGUAUCUGGCCAGCAUGUGGAGAUCCAGGCCAAGUACAUCGGCACCACCAUUGUGGUACGCCAGGUGGGCCGCUACCUAACCUUCGCAGUCCGCAUGCCUGAGGAGGUGGUCAAUGCUGUGGAGGACCGUGACAGCCAGGGCCUCUACCUCUGCCUACGGGGCUGCCCACUCAACCAGCAGAUCGACUUCCAGGCCUUCCGAGCCAAUGCUGAGGGCCCUCGCAGGCCAGCAGCUGCCAGUCCCUCUCCUGUGGUCCCUGAGACGUUCCCAUAUGAGACAGCUGUGGCCAAGUGCAAGGAGAAACUGCCCGUGGAGGACCUGUACUAUCAGGCCUGUGUCUUUGACCUCCUUACCACUGGCGAUGUGAACUUCACACUGGCCGCUUAUUACGCCUUGGAGGAUGGCAAGAUGCUCCACUCCAACAAAGACAAACUACACCUGUUUGAAAGAACUCGGGAACUACCAGGUGCGGUGGCCAUGGCAGCACUGCCCCUAACCCCCCAGCUGUUCAUUGGUACCCUCACACUCCUGGCCCUGCUGCCUGUGUUCUGGUAGACACUUGCCACAUAGGAUGCAGAGGGAGAUGCAGACUCUGCCCAAGCCUUACCCCUGGCAUCUCCUUCACCUGAGGACCCAAGUCACCAUCAGGAUACAGCCCAGCAGGUGGGCUCCCUAUAGCCCAGUGGUCUCUGCACUGAUUAGCAGAAGAGGUGGCCUCUGGCUGGUUGCCUGUGCAGAGUUCCCUCAAAGCCAUCCUCAAAUAUCUUGGCCAGGGCUCAGGGCCUGGGACAGCCCUCCCCUCUCUCUAGUGCACGUGACAAGGUUGUGGUGAUUGGUGCUGUGAUGUUUGUGACAGUAGAGUUGUGUGAGAGGGAGACCAGCUCCCUCCACCCUGACCCCACUGUGUGAAUGUGCAAACCAGAGUCCCCUAAGCUGAAGCCCCACCCCCACCACCAGAGAGACACUGGGAAAGUCGGCUCCUUCCAUUCCCUACCAAUGCACUGAGACAGGCCCGGCUGACUGCUGCACACCCAUUCAUGGGGCCUCUUGCGCCCACCCACACGCACACACACUCUUACACAAGCACACUCGCACACACUAAGCCCGUGGGGACAACCCAGCCAAGCACUGUGUCAGUAGGGCUCAGGCAUCUGCAAGGCUCCUUUCCCAGGCAGGGCCUCCUUAACAGUAGGACACUCCCAGAGGACACACUACUCCACAUCUUUAGCAAAUGGAUGUAACCUUGGAGCCACUAGGCUGUGCCCUCCUGAUACCUUCCCACCCAGUGCUACCCUGGUGCUAGGCAGAGAUUGCCCUGUGCAUCCAGCUGCUGUAGACGUGAGUUAAAGGCGCCAUUCCUAGGCACCUCCCUGGAGAGUCCCACAGUUGAAGGGAGGAUGUCUUUUGAUACAGUGUCUAAACAAUGCCACUCAUGGACUCCAAUACCUGUCUCUGGCUCUACCCUCCGCCCCAUUUCCCACUGUACUUAGGAAAUCAAAGGAAAUCAAAGUGCUUCAUUCUAAAUGUCUCAACAGAGAAGUAAUCCUCUGGCUUCUGUUCCUCACCAGUAGAUGUAAGAGUGCCUGGCAAGGGCCCUGGGGCCUGGUGGGGGGCAGAGUGAGAAAGAGACUCAGUGGAUAGGGCCAGCUGGCCUGCCCCAUCCUCUGCUCUCUCCUCACCUGCCAUCCCCCAGACCUCCCUGGCUGCUGGUCAGCAGCCCCACUCCCUGCCUCAGUCCCUCUUAGCUGGAUUUCCAGGAGAGGAAUAGUGUCUGAGAGGCCUUCCAGCCUCAGGUACCCUGAUAGCAUCUCUUCCCACAAGACCCUUAAGUCCUGUGGCCAGAGGCCUGUCACUGGGAGCCCAGCCCUCCUUCCUUAAGCCCAAGAUGAGUGCCCAUGCACAGAGCCCAGAGCCAUUCCCAUCCCUGCUGCUGUUCCAGAGCCCAACCCCCACCCCUCCACCCCCUGCCAAGGACCAGCACAGUUAUGUCGCUGGUCAAAUGGGCCACCUGCUAGUGGCCCUACAGCUCUCUCUAUCCCCACUCAAUGUUUGCAGCAGCCCUCCGCUGCUCUCCAGGGACCUCUCAUACACUGGCCAGGAGGCUGCAGAACCUGCCUCGCCCCUCCCUCCCAGAGGUCCUAUCCCCUGCCAAAACCACAUGGGUGGCUGGGUGGGGCUCAGCUCAGCCCUUCCCUCUCCCUGCUGGUUGUUUUUUGUUUUGUUUUGUUUUUGUUUUUUUAGCUAUCCCUAUGUUGGAAGUAAAAAGUUGAAGCACUUUAUUUUGGUUGUGUUUGAUCACGUUCUGCUUGGAAGUGGGGACCCCUCACUGCGUCCACGUGUCUAUGACCUGUGUGGAGUGUCACCGCGUGUACAUACUGUAAAUUAUUUAUUAAUGGAUAAAUGCAAGUAAAGUUUGGGUUUUUUUGUU